AUGGCUGCUGCAAUUGAAACGAAACUUUAUGUGACGAAUUUUCCGAGUUCCGCAACUCGACAACAAUUACAACAAUUCUUUUCACGUUUUGGCCGUGUACAAGAAUGUGCGAUUAUGUGGAAUUCCUAUGCAUUUGUUCACUAUGCAACUAUGGAAGAAGCACGUCGUGCACUUGAUCAAUCGAAUGGUGCGAUGUUUCUUAAUCGAAAACUGAUUGUUCAAUUAUCAACUUCACGAUUUCGACCUCAACCAAAAGAAGCAAGCAAUUCAUUGUCACAACCGCCUAAGCAGUUACUUGUGAUGCCUACUCCACCAUCACCAUCAUCUUCUUCAUCAUCAGUUGCUUAUCAUCAUUUAACCAAUGGAGGAGGAUCAACUACAAAACAACAGCAGCAGUCAAACACACUCACGCAACAGUAUUCGAAUGAAGUUAAUUAUGACAUGCUCACAGGUUAUGAUGCUCAACAAAGUUCAUCACCUCUACCAGAGAGACCAAAUUAUUUUCCGAAUACAUAUCGUCCUCCAUCACCAUUUUAUUUAUCACAAGAGCUGAAUAAUGGCUAUUAUUCACAAUAUCCCAAUUUACCGAUGGAUAGAAUGACACCAUCACCAUUGUCUCUCCAAUUGAAUAAAAUGAAUCAGAUGAAAUCGAAUAAGAAUAUUAAAACAGGUAAAAUUCAACCUCGUGUAAGAUUCAAAUUAAUCGGUUUUCUCUUUCAAGAUAUUGGUACAAAUGGUGAAAUACCUAAGCUGUAUUGUACGAAUCUGCCAGAGAAUUGUAAAGCGCAUGAUUUACAGCACUUAUUUUCACCAUUUGGUCAUGUUGUCGAUUGUGUCAUUCUAUGGGAUUACUAUGCAUUUGUUACAUUUAAAACAUUUACUGAAGCUGAACAGGCUAUGCGUGUACUUCACGGUUACACAUGGAAAGAUCGACGUCUUAUUGUUGAAUGGUCACGUGCAUCAGGUCGAAGACAACAACAGCAGCAACAGUUGCCACCAUCACCAACAGUAACGGCAUCACGACUCGGAUCUUUUGGUUCUGAAGUUUCAACGCCACCUUCACCUCGUUCUCGUCCAUCUACAUUAUUAUCUCACCAAUCGGCUUCCAAUGGACAAUUUUAUGGAAAUAACUCACCAAAAAUACUUUCUCCACUUAAAUCACAAUCGCCACAUCAUACAUUCAGUCAAAAUCUUGCAAUGAUGUCGAUGAUUCAACAUCAACAACAACAACAACAGCAACAGUCAGUUUUGUCGCAUCAUCACUCAUCAAUGCCAUUUGGUCCGUAUGCAAAUCGAAGCAAUGUAGAAACAUUAAUCAAUGAAAAUCAGCCGAUAUUCGACAGCUUAACAAACUCUUCUUCGGCACAUCGACUCAACCUAUCACCAUUUCUCGAAAGUAACGGAUCAAAUUCAAAUGCACUUUUUUCAACAUCAUCUGAUCUUCCACCGCCACCACCAUCGUCAUCAUCAUCACCAGUGUCAACCACAAAAGUCUACCAACCAUCUGAUAUUGUCGCUUUACUCGAACCAUUAUCAUUGAAUGUACCAACAAAUACAAAAUCAGCAGACAAUUCAAUUAUUAAUGAUAUUACCAAUACGUUGUCUUCAACUUCAACAAAUAUUCAGCCAACCUGCUCAUCGACUGUCGCUGCAGCAGCAGCAGCUGCUGCUUUAUUUCAGGAAAACUUGUUAUCCUCCCUAUUUGGCUCAUUAGAACCAUUUAGUAAAUUGUUUCCAGUUGAUGAACAAUCAUCUACACCAGCAACAUCACGCUAUCAUCAUCUUUUACCUGCAUCACCACUGUUAACAACCGCACCCGAUAGUAGUCAUCAUCCCGUCUAUUAUGGUCAUAAUACUUCAUGGCAUUAA